AUGGCAAUGGCUGUUGCUCAGCAACAGAGAGAUAACAGCAUUGAGAGACACAUUGAUUCUUCUGGGAAGUAUGUCCGCUACACUGCUGAACAGAUUGAAGCUUUGGAAAAGGUUUAUGUUGAAUGCUCUAAGCCUAGUUCCUUGAGAAGGCAACAGCUGAUUCGGGAGUGUCCAGUUUUAGGCAACAUUGAGCCUAAGCAAAUCAAGGUUUGGUUUCAGAAUAGAAGGUGUAGAGAGAAGCAGAGAAAAGAGGCUUCUCAGCUUCAGACUGUGAACAGGAAACUAGCGGCAAUGAAUAAGCUGUUGACGGAGGAAAAUGAGCGGUUGCAGAAACAGGUUUCGGAGCUGGUGAAUGAGAAUGGGUUCAUGCGCCAGCAAUUGCAACCCGCCGUCUCAGCAGCUCCAAAUGCUGAUGGCAAUGGCAAUGAUUCUGCGGCUGCUACUCCUCGAAGUACCAUGAGAGAUGCUAAUAGCCCUGCUGGAUUCCAAUCAAUUGCAGAGGAAACAUUGGCAGAGUUCCUUUCAAAGGCUACCGGAACUGCUGUCGAAUGGGUCCAGAUGCCUGGGAUGAAGCCUGGUCCGGAUUCGGUUGGGAUAUUUGCCAUUUCUCAAGGUUGCAACGGAGUGGCAGCUCGAGCCUGUGGUCUUGUUAGUUUAGAGCCUUCAAAGAUUGUGGAGAUCCUAAAAGACCGCUCAACUUGGUUUCGGGAUUGUCGGAGUUCAGAAAUGUUCACAAUGUUCUCAACUGGAAAUGGAGGGACAAUUGAACUUCUUUACACUCAGACAUAUUCUCCAAUGACGCUGUCUACUGCUCGGGAUUUCUGGACUCUAAGAUACACUACAAAUCUUGAAAAUGGAAGUAUUGUGGUUUGUGAAAGGUCACUGUCUGGUUCUGGUGCUGGCCCUAACGCCGCUGCGGCCUCACAGUUUGUGAGAGCUGAAAUGCUCCCUAGUGGCUACUUGGUUCGACCAUGUGAAGGUGGAGGGUCAAUCAUCCACAUUGUAGACCACCUAGACCUACAGGCAUGGAGUGUUCCUGAAGUGCUGCGGCCAUACUAUGAAUCAUCAAAAAUGGUAGCUCAGAGAAUGACGAUUUCUGCACUUCGCUAUAUCAAGCAAAUAGCGCAAGAAACAAGUGGUGAGGUGGUAUAUAGCAUGGGCAGGCAACCUGCUGUUUUGAGAACUUUUAGCCAGCGGUUGAUCAGAGGAUUCAACGAUGCUGUCAAUGGAUUCAAUGAUGAUGGCUGGUCUGUUGUGCACUGUGACGGCGACGGGGGUGUUACUAUUUCAGUAAACUCAAUCAAGAACUUGAGCAGCACUUCUAAUCCAGCAAGUUCCCUUUCACUCCUUGGAGGAAUUGUCUGUGCCAAAGCUUCUAUGUUACUCCAAAACACCACUCCCGCUGUUUUAGUUCGUUUUCUGAGGGAACAUCGCUCAGAGUGGGCCGAUUUUAGUGUUGACGCCUUUUCGGCUGCAUCGCUUAAAGCUGGCACCUAUGGCUAUCCUGGAAUGAGGUCAACGAGGUUCACCGGCAAUCAAGCAAUCAUGCCUCUUGGACAGACAAUUGAACAUGAAGAGAUGCUAGAAAUUAUCCGCCUUGAAGGCCAUGCUCUUGGUCAAGAAGAUUCUUUUGUUUCGAGGGAUGUUCAUCUCUUACAGUUAUGUAAUGGAAUUGAUGAGAAUGCCGUGGGAGCUUGUUCCGAGCUCAUAUUUGCUCCAAUUGACGACAUGUUCCCAGAAGAUGCUCCAUUGGUGCCGUCUGGUUUCCGCAUUGCCCUGUUGAAUUCACAACCAGGCGAUAAAAAUAAUGCCAUGACAGCAAAUCGAACCUUGGAUUUGACAUCUGGUCUUGAAAUAGGCACGACAACAACUCAUGCCACUGGUGACGUAUCGUGUCCUAACAAUCGAUGCGUGUUGACUGUUGCCUUCCAGUUUCCUUUUGAGAGCGGUCUGCAGGAUAAUGUUGCAGCCAUGGCAAGUCAGUAUGUCCGUCGCGUGAUUUCCGCCGUGCAGGCAGUUGCCAUUGCUAUAUCUCCAUCCAAUACUAACCCAUCCGUUGGAGCAAAACUCUCCCCUGGCUCUCCAGAAGCCCUUACACUAGCUCAAUGGAUCUCCAAGAGCUACCGUAAUUGUUUCGCGACGGAGCUGCUGAGAUCUGAAUCUCUUACCGGUGAUAUGGUACUGAAACAUUUGUGGCAUCAUCCAGAUGCUAUUUUAUGCUGUUCUUUGAAGACGGUACCUGUAUUCAUCUUCGCAAACCAGGCUGGCCUUGACAUGCUGGAAACGACACUAGUGGCUCUACAAGACAUCUCCCUGGACAAAAUAUUCGACGACCCCGCUCGCAAGAAUUUGAUUGGGUAUUUCGCCAAACUAAUGCAGCAGGGCUUUGCUUGUAUGCCAGCUGGGAUCUGCAUGUCAACAAUGGGGCGGCACGCGUCAUAUGAUCAAGCUGUCGCGUGGAAAGUGCUUGCCGAAGACAACAGUGUUCACUGUUUGGCUUUCUCUUUCAUGAAUUGGUCAUUUAUUUGA